CCUGUGCCCCCUACUCCAGGCAGCCUCCCCAGCCCCCGCCUGGCGUGUGAUGCCCGGGCCCUUUGUCUGCCCAGGGGGCCGGGUCCUGGAGGUGGGCUUCGGCAUGGCCAUCGCAGCCUCCAGGCUGCAGGAGGCCCCCAUUGAGGAGCACUGGAUCAUCGAGUGCAAUGACGGCGUCUUCCAGCGGCUCCAGGACUGGGCCCCGCGGCAGCCACACAAGGUGGUUCCCUUGAAAGGCAUGUGGGAGGAGGUGGCGCCCACCCUGCCAGACAGUCACUUUGAUGGGAUCCUGUAUGACACAUACCCGCUGUCCGAGGAGAAGUGGCACACGCACCAGUUCGACUUCAUCAAGGCCCACGCCUUCCGCCUGCUGAAGCCGGGGGGCGUGCUCACCUACUGCAACCUCACGUCCUGGGGGGAGCUGAUGAAGUCCCAGUACACAGACAUCACCACCAUGUUUGAGGUGCGCCGCCCCGCCCACCCCGGGCGACCCGGGCUCGCCUGUGACCUGGGGCGGUCCGGGGCUGAUCUAGGGUGGCCGCUGAGCCUCCACUGGGGAACCAGGCAGGGUCCCUCCCGUGUCCUCGGGAUCCAGGGACAUGGCCAGCUGUGA